UGUUCCAGUUUCUGUUUAUACUUUGUGUGCUAUAAAUUUUAUUAAAUGUCAUUAUCUCCAUUAUUUUCCUUGCCUAUAGGUCUAUUCUUUUGGGAGAUGGAAAACAACACUAUCAUUUCUGAAUUUAUCCUUGUGGGGUUUCCCUCUGGACUAGAGCUCCAGCUAUUUCUUUUCAUGACUUUCUUUCUGACAUAUAUACUAACAGUUACAGAGAAUCUUAUCAUUAUCUCCUUAGUAAAAAAUAACAGGAGCCUUCAUAAACCCAUGUAUUUUUUCCUUGGAAAUUUGUCUUUCUUGGAAAUCUGGUAUAUCAGUGUCACACUUCCCAAACUGCUGGUGGAUUUCUGGUCACCGAGCAAGACCAUCUCCUUCCAAAGUUGCAUGGCUCAGCUCUACUUCUUCAUCUCAUUGAUGUGUACUGAAUGUGUCCUCCUAGCUGUCAUGGCAUAUGAUCGAUACAUAGCAGUAUGCAACCCACUUCGCUAUUCAGCUAUUAUGACACAUAGAUUUUGUUUCCAGUUAGGUUUGCUCUCUUGGGUAUGUGGCUUCUCCACCUCCUUAGUCAAAGUCAUCUUUAUCUCCAGGCUGACCUUUUGUGGUCCUAGAGUGAUUAAUCACUUUUUUUGUGAUAUCUCCCCAGUACUCAACCUCUCCUGCACUGAUAUGUCAACGGCUGAGUUGGUAGAUUUCAUUCUGGCCUUGGUAAUUCUCCUUGGUCCACUCGCUGUAACCAUUCUAUCCUAUCUGUUCAUCAUCACUUCAAUUUUUCACAUCCCUACAGUCCAAGGAAAGAAGAAAGUCUUCUCAACAUGUGCUUCACACCUCACAGUGGUCAUCAUCUUUUUUACGUCAGCAGUCUUCAUGUAUGCUCGACCUAGAAAAAUUCACCCUUUCAACCUUAACAAAAUAGUGUCCAUUUUCUAUGCCGUGGUCAUUCCAGCUGUCAAUCCACUCAUCUAUUGCCUGAGAAAUAAGGAAGUGAAAGAGGCACUGAAGAAAAAUCUAGCAAGGAAAUGCCCUGUUAGAUAAACAAGGAGAACUAGGAAUCCAAAGGAAAAUAAUUGACUAAGAUAGAUCCGUGCAUGGAUUAUAAGGAGUCAUCUAAAUGGAUAAAAAUGUGAACUCAUUACAAAUCCAGUGCUGUCUAACUGCACAAUGCAUGGGGACUUCCAGUAAGAAUCCAAGAUUUUCUGUCCUUAUACCAACUUUGCCUUACCUUGAGCUAAAAUAAAGGUUGAUCCAGACAUUGCAGGAAAU